GAACUCUUAAAAUAUGUCAUAAAAUAUGGUUCUUUUUAUCGAAAAGUUGAAUAUAAAUUAGCAUUAAAUACUUUUAUGUAUUGUUUUGACAUUCAAGUGCUAAAACAUAAUGGUUAAGUUCUUUCUUAAGCGCUAAACAUAGCACGUAUAGCAAGUUUAGAUUUUACGUUUACUUCUAGCUAAGAAAACUUUUAUAGUUUUUUAGAGAUUAAUAUGUACGAUACUUUUUCCCGUGUGUGGAGCAUCGCCCGAGGCAGAACGUAUUUUAGUUGCUAUGAUCUCAAAUAAGGGAAGAGAGGUGUGCCACCGUGCCUCCUUAACCCACCAGCCAAGCAUCCUACAUGGCGGUGAUUCACGGACCUGCUGCAGCAUCUCAUCAUGCCACUACCUCGCCGGUCCCGACGCUCGACACCAAGGGCAUCAACGUCAACGGUGCCCUGCAACCUCAUGCCGCUGCUCCAGCAGGCGAGGGAAACUAUCACAGACCAGUAGCAGGCCAUCACCACACUCCAAGCGGACAUGGCUGCCCUCACCGCCCGCGGCACCUCGGUAUACACCUCGCGGGUGCCUCCCUCAGCCGCCCCUGAAAAUUGCGACCUAGAAGUGGCACCAGCAGCCUUCAGGUCGUGGAGACGGUCCAUGGAAUUGCUGGCUCCUUCUCUGCAGAUGGCCACAACAGGAGGCAUUCCACCAUUACGACUCCACUGCAUACCGGCAUUACAGCGCACCAUCGACGCAAAAUUCACCCUCGAAAUCCACUGGGGGGGCUGCAGUCUCGCAGUCCCUAUUGACGAGCCGCCACUGCAGACCCCUACAACCCCAGAUGAGUGGAUGCGUGUGGCACAUGGCUUCAAAACAUGGUGGAACUUCCCGAACUGCGUCGAAGCCAUUGAUGGGAAGCAUAUCUUGAUAAGACCUCCGCCUGACAGUGGCUCCUAUUUCUAUAAUUACAAAGGCAGCCAUAGUAUAGUUCUCAUGGCUAUUUGUGAUGCUAAUUGUGAAUUUUUAUAUGUUGAUAUUGGCUGCAAUGGGUGAGUGUCAGACGGCGGUGUGUGGGACAAUACACUUAUCAGUAGCCGUAUUGUCACAGAUACAGCAGGUCUCCCUAGCGAUAGAAAACCUCAAGGAAGUGACAGAAUGCUACCAUGUGUAUUUGUGGCAGAUGACGCUUUCCCCUUGCAACACCACAUUUUGAAACCGUUCUCUCACCAGACCCAAAGUAAUGAGGAACGCAUUUUUUCUUAUCGCCUAUCUAGGGCUAGACGUACAGCAGAGAACUCCUUUGGGAUUUUAGCUAAUAGAUUUAGAAUCUUUCUGUCACCCAUAAACCUAUCUCCAAACAAGGUUGAGGUGGUAGUAUUAGCAUGUACUGCCUUACAUAACUUUCAUAGACGUGAUCAUGUCACGCAGUAUACGCCUGAAGGGUCUUUGGAUUGUGAGGAUGUUGCAAGAUGUACAAUCCUCCCUGGUACAUGGCGUGAAACUCCGGACCUGUUGCAGCUACAAAGAAAAGGUUGGAACACAAGUACAGAAGCUCAAAGUGUACGCCAUGACUUUAUGGAAUAUUUCAAUAAUGAAGGUGCAGUGUCAUGGUAGUACAAAGCUGUGCAAAAUCAUUCCACCACUUAAAUAUUUUCAUUUCUUCAUUAUCACACUUAUGACUACCUAUACUUAAAUGGCAAAUCCUCUUCACAACAUGUAUAGGCUAUAGUAGUAUAGUACGUGUAUCAACUUAGUCUGAUUAUUUCUAUAACUAAUUUUGUUUUGCAAUAAAAACAAUGUUAUCUGAAGGUGUCAUUUAUAUAUUAUUUUGUGUAAAAUAAAAUGUAUAGUUCCAAUAAAUAACAUGCAGUUAUGUAUUAUGAAUAA